GCAGUUUAAAGUGUAUUUCGGUUGCAUUUAUGAUACGGUGUACAUUGAGUGCAAGAUCAUUUUGUUUGUUUGUGCUGUGUUUUUUUUUUCAAGUGGUGGCGCUCUGAAAUAAAUGUUUUUUUACAAACAUGCCAUUUGUAUGAAUGAAAAGUGCGUGUGUGUGAAAAGAUACAUAAAUUUGUGUUAAGUUAAAAAAAGGAAGAAAAAUGAACGAUGAGUUCGAACGGCAACAUCCCGCAGUUAUUCCGUCCAGUUACAUCCGCCCAGGAUGGUGUCCAAAAUGAUCGUUAAAACCCCAGUGGGAUACCUUAUUCUGGGGGGUUUGGUGUUUGUGUGUGUUUAGGUGAAAAGCUCCACAGGCAAAUCAGCAGAAACGUUGCGUAGUGAGUAGCAGUAGUAGCAGUACCGACCGCGGUUUUAGGUUCUUCCGCCAAAUGCUUACACUUACCGGAACGGCAAACAGAUCUAGCACAUAACUUUAAGUGUGUUGCUUGCGGGGGAGAAGGGAGAACCACAUCCGAAAAGGAACCAAUUUUUAUGUGCCAAAGAAAAGUGACCAGAAACCAAACAGAGCGCGAGAAAACUCGCUAGGAACCAAAAAAAAAAACGAAACGUAAACGGUGAAAGAGAAGUCUCGGGAGUAGCAAAAAACAAUCAUGUCUGGAAUCUUCAAAUAUACACCCAACCGGACGGCAGCGUCUACGCCGAAUCGGCGAUCAGCAUUCGGGACUGGAUUCGGAAGUCCCGGCGUUCACCAGGAUGCCACCAUGGAUAACUCAUAUGCGAUGGGAUUUCGUUCUCCGUCGAUAAAUGCCCUCGCCGGUCACGGUUCACCCGUUCAGGUGCGAUCGUUACGCGACAACGAGGAGGAAAUCUCGACGCUGCGCAAGGAAAACUUCAACCUGAAGUUACGCAUUUACUUCCUCGAGCAGAAGGCGGGCAUCUGCACGGACAGUGACACUCCCAUACUGGGUGUGACCAGCUCAUCAUCCACGACGACGAACACGUCAUGCGAUGGCAAUUAUCUGAAGCAAAACAUCGAUCUUAAGGUCGAGGUAGAAUCAUUACGACAGGAUCUCCAGAACAAGCAUGACCUUCUCUGCCAGGCGGCUAAGGCGAUGGAAGUGCUGGAGGAAAGCCACAAAAAGGCGGAAGAGAAACACCGGGAGAUGGUAAACGAUUUGAACAAUCGCAUCGAGAUGCACCAGCUGGAAAUUAAGUCGCUGGAAAAGAUGGCAAGUGAGCUGCAGCACCAGCAUCGCGAACUACAACUCUCGACCAGUCGGGCGGCAGCCUUCGAAGAGGUGACGAAUGGUGAUCAACUGAACGCCGACACCACGACCGGCAAAGGCACGAUACGCGAUAAUGUUGGUGAGAGUUUGCUAGACUUUCUCGAUACGGUGCAGCAACACAGUGAGCUGAGUGUACAGGAGAAGCUGAAGCUGCUCGAAAUGGAGAACGCCGUCCGGCAGUGUCAGGAACGGAAUGAGGGACUGAGCCGCCAGUUGGAACAGCUGCAAACCGUGAUCGAUGAAAAGACGGGUAAAAUAAGCCAGCUAGAGGUGGAGCUGGGCGAGCUGCGGUUUGAAAAUGCGGAACUGCGCGAAGAAAGUGAGAAACCGCAAUCUAAUGUUGAGAUCGAACGGCUUAAGCAGCAAAACUUCGACGUUCGUUCCGAGCUUGCGGAGAAACUGUGCGUUCUCGAUGAUACGGAAGCAAAACUGAGGGAGAAAACGAUGGAAUGUACCAAGUCGUGCAAAAUGGUUGAGAAGCUGAUCAAAACCAUAACGGAGCAGGAUAAGGAGCUGGAAAAGUUGAAGCGAAACUCGCCGGUUGAGUUGAAUGGUCGUGAACCGAAUCGGAAGAACAUAUCACUUGCGUCCGAGCACGGCACUGUGGGUAGUAGCUUGCCCUCGGUUCCCGAAAUCGUAGACCAGGACCGUAAACCGGUCAGCCAGACGGAGUACGAUGCGUUGGUGCAGCGGGCCAAGCUACUUCAGCAAAAGAACGAUACGCUCAUUCACAAGCUGUGCGGCAACGGUGGUGGCAAUGGUGAUCAUCGUAACGAUCGCAACAUCAUCAUCAAGCAGCUAAACGAUGAGCUCAUCAAAGCGCGGGAAGAGGCGGAAAAGGCACAAAAGUGGCGCAAGGAGUAUGCGGAAAUGUGUGCCAUUUCGACGCAUCGUUUGGAAGAGUUGGCCGGUUUUCUCGACUCGUUGCUCCGGAACAAGGAACUGAUCGGUUCACUGUCGACGGAUAGCCGCAAAGCGAUUCGCAAUGCGGUCGAUCGAAGUUUGGACCUGUCGCGCAGCCUAAACAUGUCCAUCUCGGUGACCGGUUUGUCGCUGAUCGGUAACAACAGUCUGGCACAGCUCAGCUGUCUGUCCGGAUAUUUGGAUCAUUCGAUCGGUGUUGUUGGUGGAGAACCUGGCCAGAGUGGUAGCGACGAUGUUGACGAGUACGACAAAGAAAACCGUAUGACAAACAUUAAGGGACAAACAAUUGCUAGCCAGCACAACAGCAGCGGCACGUUCGUUGGUGGAAUUAAUCAAACAAAGCAAAUGAUUGAAACGCUUCGUGCAGAAAAUAAGGCUCUUCGAGGUGAAUUGAUGGAACAUCAGCAGCAGCAACAGCAACGACCACGGCGACGUGAAAGUAAAGAGCGCAAAUCCUUACCGAUUGGGGAAAUUUAUUCCGACUCGGAAACGUGGUCCGAGCCUGAUCGAGGUGUAUCAAAGGCACGCAUCGGUCUAGAGGACAGCAACGCACUGAAACAGAAGAAUUCCUCCACCGGUGGUCCAGUAGCCACCAUCAACACAUCCGCUUCCGGUGCGCUAGAACUAAGUUCCACCUCGGACAAUGAACCGUUUGCGUUGACCGGUGUUACAGGUACUGGUAGUUUCAGUGCGCAACAACGUAAAUCAUUUUCAGCGGUCGAAAUUAAGCAACUGCAAGAUACGGUCGCAUCGCUUAACAGAGAUCUUCAGGAUAAAAACGGCACCAUACUCAACAUCCAGAGCCAGCUGGUAGAUCUGGACAGUGCACUGCAGCGGGAACGGAUCCGUUUGGCGAACGCACAAUCCGAAGCGAACGGAAGCCGGCAACAGUCCGAACAGUGGGAGCGGGAAGCGAAAGAGUCGAGAGAAAAGGCUGAACGAGCGGCGGAACGAUUGGUCGUGCUGGAGAGUGACAUCCGGCAGCGCGAUGCACUGAUCGAGAAGCUGCGAAAGGAGCGUGAACAGGCGGCCGUCGAUUUGCGCGUUGCGGUCAUGAAGCUAGAAACCAUGCACACCGAGUACGGCGAGCUUCAGCAACGGCACCGGCGCGAACUUGACGCAAUCCUGGCAAAGGAACAGCAGCAGCUGGACGAGCUACGCCAAAGCUUAACCGAAUCAUUCCGCAACGAGUUGCAGCUGAAGCAGCAGUCGUUCGACACCGCUCUGGCACAGAACUACAUCUCCAAAAACAUCCACCAGGAGAAGGUGCGCGAACUGAACGAGCUGCACUAUCGGCUGGAGGAUGCGCACAAUGACCUUUCCACCAUGGCGCAGGCGGAAGAAACGCUCCGCAAGCAGGUGGCCGACUGCGAGCGCAAUGUGCUGGCGAUGAAGAAAAGCCUCGACGAGGCUACGCUUCAAGCGUCCAAAGCUGCGGUCGAACGUACCAAAGCGCUCAACGAGAAGCGUCAGCUCGAGAGUGAACUGGGACUCGUGCGGGACGAGCUGACGCAGCUCAAGGUGGAAAAGAACGAACUAAACGAGCAGCUGCAGGCGAUCGUGCGGGCCAAGCAGAGCACGCGUAGCCCACGGACGCAGGACGGUGGACACCUGUCGACAUCGGGCACCGAUGAGGAACCGAUUGUCCGUAGGCAACUGGAGAACUCUUCGCCCGAUCUGGGCAUUGAGAGUGAUCCGGGCCGUCUGUCGAACGUGGAGCUAGUGCACGGUGGAGAGUUGAAGUUUGCCACCUCUCCACAACAGCGCCCAUUAUUCAAAACCCUGGAACUGACGAAAUCGAUGUCAAAUCUGCUAUUGAAUCCGGCACUGGAAGUCAAAUUAGAGGACGGAGAAUCGUCGAAGGGUGGCGAACAGGAACAGGAUGAAGCUACAACGAUUGUAAAGCACGACUGUGCCAAAAUCGAAGUCGAUUAUCGGGAUUUGGUGCAUCGUUACAACAAAACGCGCCAAUGUUUGGCGGUGGCCUACGAUAAGAUUAAAUCGUCGAACAAGGUGAAGAAGCAGCUCGAGGUAGACUUAAAGCAACAGAUUCACAAGACGCACGCCGUGCUAAAGACGGUGCACCGUAACAUGGAUCCAAACGACGGUAACAGCUGUAACUGAAACCGAAGAUUUGCUGCGCCUGUGUCGCCGUGAAGCACCACAACACCAAUACUUACAACAUUUUGAAGAGUUUUAACCAAUUUUGUAUAUAAUAAGCAAGGGAACGAUUGCAGUGAAAAACAAAAACCAUGUGACAAGGAAACUGUUCCAUAUUCCAUUUCGGCGUCAGAUCGUAUGAUGCUGUGUACAUUUUUACUUGAGCCUGGGAAGGAACACAUACAUGCUGUGUAAAUAUGAUGGUAACUGAUGAGAUGAAUGAGAUUUAGUUUGUGGGGACAGAAGAAACAGAAGAGUUUUACAAAAGAAAGCGUUGAAGUAAUUACCCAUGAGAUUAGAGAGAGAACGAGUGAAGAAUUAAUGGUAGAGUAGAAUGGUAGCGUGAGUGCGAGCAAGAAGAAUGUGAGACUAAUUUAUUGUGAACUGUUAUUAUGAUAAUGCGUGUGUUGGCGUGCUGAUUUGAAACGGUGAAUGGGGACUAGACAGCAGAAAACAAAUGUGAAAAUAAAUCCAAUAUUGUUUGAUAAGAGA